GAAAGACACCGCUAAAUAUGAAAUUUAUUCUUUGAAAUUUUUUCUAGUUGGGUUUUUGCAUCCUCAUUCGAUGGCUGAUACAUGUUUUUGCUCAUAGUCUUGUUUCUUGUUAUUUUAGUCUACUGCUUUUUUCGAUCUAGACCGUUGGUUUUGUUCAAUUUCAUCAGAUCCGAACGGUGUUCAUUUCAUUGGCCGUCAGGGAUGUUGGACUUGGCAAAGCUACUGUUCUUUCCCCGUUGGGCUAAGGUAUCAGAGAGGGGGCAAUCUUUGACGCUGAAGCAUUUAACCAUCUUAUUUUAUCUCAUGUGCGUAACAAAUGCCGAGUUGCCUGAUAAGCCAUUUGAACAACAGCCCAUCUCUCCGGUCAACAAACCUGUUGAAGCAACUGGCUUACCUGAUCUGCCCCUGCUGGCGAGUGUACCUGCAUUUCAUAGGCAACUUAGCAAACAUUUUCCUUCUGGUGCACCACGGCUUUGGCUAGCUCCAGCCCAGCCUCCUGAUUAUGGUCCUUUAGUAACUGCUGCACACCCUCCUUCCAGUUCGCGCUUGUCCAAGCCAUCAAUGAAGAAAAGUGGAUUGGUGCCUCCUAGUGCUGGCCUUGCACCUCCCCGUUCGGCAGAGAUUGCUCCAACCCAAUCCAGUCCUAGUACUCUACCCGCUGGUUUGGCUCAGCCACCACUUUCUCCUCACACUUCCAACUGUUGUGAACCAGAUAUGGUGCUCAAACGAGGAAGCCAGGACUGCCAGUGUGUUUACCCAUUAAAGAUCGACCUUCUCCUCUUGAAUGUCUCAUCAAAUCCAAAUUGGAAACUGUUUCUGAAUGAAUUUGCUUCACAAUUAAGUUUGAAGGUUUCUCAAAUUGAGCUAAUUAACUUUUACUUGGUGGAUCUAUCAAAGCUAAAUAUAUCCAUGGAUAUCACACCAGAUAAGGGAAUUAGCGUAUCAUCUGCUGAAGCCUUUGCAAUAAACUCUUCGUUAUCAAUGCAUAAGAUCCAUCUAGAUCNUAGACCCCUCAAAGAAACUGCAAAACCGAUAUGUACGGACGCUGUUCCAGCUGAGGGAUCAUUUCCCCAUCCAACUAGUACACGGUUCCUUCCAUAUGAAGAACUGAAAGAAGCUACAAAUAACUUUGCACCAUCUAGUAUACUUGGAGAGGGCGGCUUUGGCAGAGUUUUCAAGGGUGUGCUGAGUGAUGGUACUGCUGUUGCAAUAAAAAGACUUACUAGUGGAGGCCAACAAGGAGGUAAAGAGUUUCUAGUUGAGGUUGAGAUGCUUAGUAGGCUGCAUCACCGUAAUCUGGUGAAACUUAUUGGUUACUAUAGCAGUCGUGAGUCCUCACAGAACCUACUGUGUUAUGAGCUUGUUCCAAAUGGGAGUUUGGAGGCUUGGCUUCAUGGCCCUUUAGGAUUAAACUGCCCACUGGAUUGGGACACAAGAAUGAAAGUUGCACUUGAUGCAGCGAGAGGACUUGCAUACUUGCACGAAGAUUCCCAACCGUGUGUUAUCCAUAGAGAUUUUAAGGCAUCAAAUAUAUUGCUUGAGAACAACUUUAAUGCUAAAGUUGCUGAUUUUGGCCUUGCAAAACAGGCCCCGGAAGGCCAGGCGAAUUACCUCUCGACUCGUGUUAUGGGCACAUUUGGGUAUGUCGCCCCUGAAUAUGCCAUGACUGGGCACCUACUGGUAAAAAGUGAUGUGUACAGCUAUGGGGUUGUACUCCUUGAAUUGUUAACAGGAAAGAAGCCUGUAGAUAUGUCACAACUAUCUGGACAUGAAAAUCUUGUUACUUGGGCCAGACCAAUACUUAGAGACAAGGAUCGUUUGGAAGAACUUGCUGAUCUAAGGCUUGAGGGUAAGUAUCCAAAGGAGGAUUUUGUGCGGGUUUGCACAAUUGCAGCGGCUUGUGUUGCUCCGGAAGCUAGCCAACGGCCUACGAUGGGAGAAGUGGUUCAGUCUCUCAAAAUGGUUCAGCGGGUAACUGAGUACCAGGAUACUAAUAUAAAUUCAGGCACUCGACCUAACAUAAGGCAGUCAUGUACAACAUUUGAAUCAGAUGGUACCUCGUCUAUGUUUUCUUCUGGUCCUUACUCUGGUUUGAGUGUGUUCGAGAAUGACGUAUCUCGGGCAACUGUAUUCUCAGAAGAUCUUCAUGAAGGAAGAUGAACAUUAUUGGGAAGGCCUUCCAAUGCUUCAAACACUCCGAUCUUCGAUCGUAAUGCAGCAGAACGGGAGAAUUUGAAGUGGGUUGGCAGAAGUGAGACUCUGCACAGUGGAUCUGGCAAUGCUUUGGAAAAUCUAUUGGUUUGCUUCAUCCCCUGUAGAGAGCCCAUUGUUCAAUUUUUACUGUAUGGCCAUUCUCUACUUGUUGGAUGAGAGCCUGUAUAUAUGUAUCGGUUGAUAUUUGAUGGCAGUGGUUCAUUUGAAGUGGGAUGAAAGUUGAAUUUCUUUUUUCUUAAGUUUCUUUAUCUGUGUGAGA